UGAAAGCAACGAGGUGGCACCCCGAUCCACGUUUUUUGGAACAAUUCAGUGGAGUAGCAAUUUAUACCAAUGAAACAAUAGACAAGUAUUACAAAGUGAUAUGGGAUUCGCGGGUGAGGCCUAUCGAAAGAAAACUAAAGAAUAUGUGGCUAAACUUUGGACCCCAGCACCCGGCUGCUCACGGUGUUCUGAGAUUAAUCCUAGAGUUAGAUGGUGAAACAAUUGUCAGAGCUGAUCCACACAUAGGAUUUUUACAUAGAGCCUCAGAAAAACUAAUGGAAUACAAACAUUACAGCCAAAACUUGCCAUACGUUGAUCGUUUUGAUUAUGUAUCCACACUAGCUAAUGAACAAGCAUUUGCAUUAGCAGUUGAAAACCUUCUAAACAUCGAUGUACCACCUAGAGCUAAGGCUAUCAGAGUUCUUUGCAGUGAACUCGUACGUAUUGCUAACCAUCUUUUAAAUGUAUCCGGCACAAUUCUGGACGCUGGCGGGAUAACCCCAUUUUUUUGGAUGUGCGAAGAACGUGAAAAGAUUUAUGAAUUAUCCGAGAGACUUUGUGGUGCCCGUAUUCACUGCGCUUAUGUAAGACCCGGAGGGGUAUCGCAAGAUAUUCCUAUCGGAUUUCUCGAUGACGUUCAUGAAUUUUGUUCGAAAUUGAGUGAACGCUUUGAUGAAACUGAAGACAUAUCGACCGGAGGUAGACUUUACUACGCCAGAACUGCAGGUAUUGGCAUUGUAGAGGCGUAUAAAGCUAUUUAUCAUGGCUUCUCCGGACCUAUGCUAAGAUGUUCAGGAGUAAAAUGGGAUUUACGGAUUGCUUUUCCUUACGAUAAUUACGAUAUGUACGACUUCGAUGUGCCAGUUGGUGCCUUCGGCGAUAGUUAUGACCGUCACCUACUUCGCUUAGCAGAAAUGCGUCAAUCUAUAAGAAUUAUAAAUCAGGUCAUCGAUACAAUGCCUGAAGGCGAAAUUAGAACUGAUGACUCAAAAAUCUCAUUACCUUUAAGAGCAGAAAUGAAAAUGUCGAUGGAAGCUCUGAUACAUCAUUUUAAGUUAUGUACAGAGGGUUAUGUAGUUCCACCAGGAGUAACGUACACAGCCGCAGAGUGUCCUAAAGGUGAAUUAGGUUUUUAUAUCGUAGCUGAUGGCACUUCGAAGCCCUAUCGAGUUGGUGUUAGGCCAUGCUCGUAUAAUCACUUGGCAGGUUUGAGUUUCUUAACAAAAAAUUGUAUGCUUGCCGAUAUAGCCAUAUUGGUUGCUACAAUUGACAUUGUAUUCGGUGAUAUCGACCGUUGA